CACCAAAGUCUCAUCCAACACACAUCAUACUUCAUAAUGGCUGUCCCUAUCACAACCAUCGCCGAGAGCAAGGAGCUCCGCGGCCUCAACCUCAUUGCGGCGCACUCGCACAUUCGCGGUCUGGGAGUCGAACCAGACACACUCGAACCGAAGGCAUCGUCGCAGGGACUCGUUGGUCAGGAAAAGGCACGCAAAGCUGCAGCGGUCAUCCUGAGAAUGGCACAGGAAGGGAAGAUUGCUGGGCGCGCAGUUCUGAUUGCUGGGCCACCGAGCACAGGAAAGACAGCCAUCGCAAUGGGCAUGGCACAGUCGCUGGGAUCAGAUGUACCAUUCACUAUGCUUGCAUCAUCUGAGAUCUUCUCUCUCGAGAUGUCCAAGACCGAGGCGCUCACACAGGCUUUCCGCAAGUCUAUCGGUGUACGGAUAACAGAAGAGAGCGAGGUCAUUGAGGGCGAGGUUGUUGAGAUUCAAAUCGAUCGCAGCGUUACAGGGAGCAACAAGCAAGGCAAGCUUACGAUCAAAACCACCGAUAUGGAGACCAUCUACGACAUGGGCACAAAGAUGAUUGAUGCCAUGACCAAAGAGAAGAUCAUGGCAGGCGAUAUCAUCUCGAUCGACAAGGCGUCAGGCAAAAUCUCGAAACUCGGCCGCUCGUACACACGAUCAAGAGACUACGAUGCGAUGGGUAUCGAUACGAAGUUCGUACAAUGUCCCGAGGGAGAGCUCCAGCAACGGCGCGAAGUGGUACACACAGUCAGUCUGCACGAGAUUGAUGUCAUCAACUCGAGAUCACAAGGCUUCCUAGCACUCUUCUCUGGCGAUACAGGCGAGAUCCGGAGCGAAGUGCGCGACCAGAUCAAUACCAAGGUCGCAGAGUGGAAAGAGGAGGGCAAGGCUGUGAUUGUCCCCGGUGUUCUGUUCAUCGACGAGGUUCACAUGCUCGACAUCGAGUGCUUCUCUUUCAUCAACAGAGCUCUUGAGGACGAACUGGCACCCAUUGUCAUCAUGGCAAGCAACAGGGGUAACACACAGAUCAGAGGAACUGACUACAGGUCGCCACACGGACUGCCACUGGAUUUCCUGGACCGCGUAGUGAUUGUCAGCACACACGCGUACAACUCAGAAGAGAUGCAGCAGAUCAUCUCGAUACGCGCACAGGAAGAGGAAGUCGACAUUUCGCCAGAUGCGCUGGCACUGCUUACCAAAAUCGGUCUGGAGACCGGGCUGAGGUACGCCAGCAACCUCAUCACCACCUCAGAUCUGGUGCGCAAGAAGAGGCAAGGGCCAGAAGUUACGAUCGAGGACGUCCAGCGCAGCUUCUCGCUCUUCUACGAUCCUACACGAAGCGUGAAGUUCGUAAGCGAGUCUGAGAAGCGUCUGAUCGGCGACGCAGGCGACGUAUCGUUCACCGUCACUAAUGGCACCGAGGCUAUGGACGUCUCAUGAGCGUGUGCAGCUUCUAUUCUUCUAGGCGUAUGAUGGAUUUGGACGGGUCGAGCGUUUGGGCAUAGAGCAUCUUCGCCGAAUGGCAUGCAAAAGUCAUGACUUGUAAUAACAGAGCAAUUGUUGUUUCUAG